AUGGCAAGAUACACAACUACUCCGUCUUAUUCGAGCAAAAUUCUCCUGCGAGGGAGCGCCGAAUAUGAACGAUGUAGGAGGAAUAAUCCAACGGCAGACACGCCAGCACGCUUUCCACGCGAGAUUCACGUCGUUACAUCUCCAGAAGAGGUCGCCACCGCUCUGAAGCGCGCCACCGAUCUGAAUACGCAGGUCGGUAUUCGGUCCUCAGGCCAUAUUAUGAAUAUGGGAAAUCUUAUUCAGGACGGCAUCCUCAUCGACACCGUUAAUCUUAAUCGUUAUAUCGACUACGACACAAAGACACAUGAAAUUUGCUUUGGUCCAGCCUGUCGAACUGAAGAAUUAUCAACAAAACUUGCAGAAGUUAAAAGAUUCUUCCCACACGGACAUGCACCCACAGUCGGAGCUGCUGGCUUCCUACUCGCUGGGGGUCAAGGAUGGUUCCUGCGAGGCUGGGGUGCAACUAAUCAGACUUGGAUCAACAAGAUGGAAAUCGCUGUCCCAGACGGUCGAACAGUUAUUGCAAGUCCUACAGAAAACGAGGAUCUCUGGUGGGCUGCCAGAGGGAGCGGCUUGGGGUUCUUUGGUGUGGUCACUCGAUUCUGGUGUAGGACCAUCCCAGCUUCCACCAUGUGGGAACGAAUCUUCAAGUUUGAACUUGGCGACAAGUACGAAGAGUUGAUGACCUGGGCAAUCGAGAGGGGACGUGAUACUCCCAAGUAUGGCACGGAUCUCAACCUUACAAUCGACUUUGCUGAGAAAUAUGACCCAUCAUAUACAACGGAUGAUGUUCCCGCUGGUGCCAAGCUUGUCUUGACUUUGAACCUCCUCUGCUACUCGGACACACUACGCGAGGCUAAGACCUUGUUGGGUGCUUACGACAAGAUCCCUGCGUCCGUAAGGGAGCAGAUAAUCGAGAUGAGACCAGUUGAGAAGAGGACUUUUGCAGAGGUCUUCGAUCGCAAGCGUGGAUUCUUGGGUAAUGACAGCACGCAACGAUGGCAGAUUAAUAGCAUCAUGAACGAUCCAAAUGUUCCUCUUCCACAGUUGUUGGCCGCGAUAAAACCAGCACUCACUGAGUUUCCCACAAGAACAACUUCCGUGUUCAUGUGCCACUGCGACAUCAUGCCUAAUGAAGAAGAUGGUGCCCUAAGUUUGGUACAGGACUUAUAUAUCUCAACCAUCACUGGUUGGACUGAUCCCAAGCUGGAGCCUGCCAUCUAUCAACCAAUGCGGGAGAAGUAUUUCCAGGCUUGGCCAGUGGCUGUGGGACAAUAUAUCACAGAGAUUGAUAUGAACAAUGAUGACGCCAACAUGAAGGUACUAUCCGAUACCGCGUUGGCGAAGUUCCUGAAGAUUCGGCAGAAGUGGGACCCAACAGGUGUAUUUCCCAACUACAAGAAAUUUGUUCAGGCAGCGGACAAGAUGAACGCUCUUAUUGCUAAGACCCAAAAGGCUCGCCUAUAG